CGGUCACACUUCCCAGAUCAAGAUAGCGGUAUGCUCUCCAUAGUGUGAUAAUAAUCCUAUGGAAUGCUGUGCCAUGGUUCUUGUUCGAAAGACUCUUUUCUAAUUUGACGGCGGACACUAACAGAGAAAAUCAAUUUUUCAGCUAUGCUUCUUGAGCUGGGCUGAAACCUGCAUAACGUGCCUUGGCACAUCACCAUUGGAUAAAUCUACUAUGUAUCGACGAUCUGGCCUCGAUUAUGAGUGCCCAAGGGUGAGAUGGAGAUUCCGGAGAGCUGAAAGACGGCCCUGUGUAAGGCAAUGGUAAGGCAUCCAGCCAUUGAAACCGUGACACUCAGAUCGCAUAGCGCGUUUAUCCUGGAGUAGAUUGCUGGACCCUAUUUCGACACAUCUCUUCGCAGCCUCAGGAUAAAGCAAUUGCGUAUAUAUCUGGUCAGCUUUACAUUGCUACAGCUCAUUAUGGGGAAUGCGCAGUCUCUUCCCGUCGUUGGUGAGGUCGUGACAGUCGCGGAAGCCGGGGGGAAGUCAAUUGCCGCAGGGGUUUGUGCCCUCGUCGGCGAGGAAAAAGCCGCAGGGGAACUCAUAGAUGGUGCGGGGCGCUCCGUUAAGAAAUACACCGAAGUUAACUGUAUCGCUUCCAACGUUCGCGUCAUCGCGGCAAAAAUCGAGGGCGACGAGAAAGAAUGCGACCGCCUUCUGGAAGCUCAGAAGGAGGCAUGGAUUGGCGUCGCCGAAGGCACUCCCGUUGUUGGGCAUGUUAUCGGGAUCUGCCACUACGCGACGGGCGAUACUGAGGGAGGUGAUCGGAUUAUGAUCGACGCAACACGGUCGACCGCCGUCAUCGCGGCGACGGUCGCUACAGGGGGCUUGGGUGCAGUUGCUUGUGCCGGUGCUACCGUCGUCACCGGAUUGGCAUGCGAUGGAGUAUCCACUGGACUCAACUCUCUUGGUAAGCAGCGGUUUGCACCCACUGGAACGAUCGCGGCAACUGCACAUGCGAUUAAUACUGGAUCGGCGGAUGAUAUCUUCAAUGCUACCGAAGGCGUCAUUGCAGAUGGCGUUGCCGGGGCCACCGCCGGGGCCGCUCGCAGCCGGGCAGGGUUAAGUCGUCAAGGCGUACCCGCCUCAGAGUUAGCUGAGCGUUCAGCUCGUUCUCGCGCAUCUAUGCUCGAGAAGUACACGAAGUUUAGCGAGCGCGCGGAGGCUAGUCAUAUAAAGCAGGCUACUAUGGCAGACGUACGAAGUUGCACGGAGAUAAACGCGAUCAAGGAAUCUGCAAGCCCACGCCACGCUAUGAGAAUGUUAGAACCCGGCCAGAGUUAUGACUUUGUCCGCUUGGAAGAUGGGAGCGUUCGGUAUAUCAGCCACGCGGACGCGAAGACGAUCUCGAAUAGAACGGGGUUGCCUGUUGGACAUACGAGUCUUGUCGAACCCGGAACCAAGGUCAUUGCGGCGGGGGAGAUUCACCUCAACGGCAAAGGUGUUAUAACGAAUCUCAAUCCCCAGAGCGGCCACUUCAGGGUCCCGUGGAAGGUUUUUAGGAAACAAGUCGGGAAAGAUUUCCCUCGCUCAUCGAUCAUGGAGGUAUCGCAGCAGGCACUGCAAUUCGCUACCCGUAUCACACCGGUACGCUCCGGAAUCCGGCUUACAGCCAAGUUUGUGGCUGUCUACACCUUCCCAGCGACCGUCCUCAUUAUAACUGAGCCUGGUCAUGUCGAUAGCCAGACUCUACUCAAGGAUGGUUCCCCAGUCGUGGCAUAUAAAGAUCCGGACUCGGUCAAACUUGUCGCUUUCGGCAGCGAUGACCAUGCUAAGGCAGCAUACGAUGGGCUCUAUCGUUUCCUUGAGAGCGAAGGGCCCGUGAAUGAUAUGAUUGAGUGUCUUCUACACCUGGCGAGCUUAUAACUUUGCCAAUCGUGCGAUUAGCGGCGGAGUUCAGGGGGUAGAAAAUUGGGAAUUUGGGAAAAUUGAAAUAAUACCUACAAAAGGGGGAUUUAACCUCGUAUCUAGCUCAUUAUAUUAGCAUCCUUGUCUUUAAGUAGCUCUGCAAUAAGCUUCCUCAUAUCAUGAUGCCUAUGUAGGUCUA